CACAAACCCUCUAUCUGGACUCCACUGGCAAGUCCGCACAUCAACCUCCAACACCAACACCAACCCGACAACCACCUACACCAUCUUCGUCACCAUGUCGGACGGCCAGACGAAGCAGUUUGGAAAGGGCCAGCGGCUCGUGCCCGCCCAGAAGGCUCAGAAGUGGUACCCCGUGGACGACGAGUCGCAACCUAAGAAGGUUCGCAAGAGUAUCCGUCCCGCCAAGGUUCGCGAGGCGCUCCAGCCCGGUACCAUCCUGAUCCUCCUCGCUGGCCGCUUCCGUGGCAAGCGUGUUGUCCUCCUCAAGCACCUUGACCAGGGUGUCCUCCUCGUUACCGGUCCCUUCAAGAUCAACGGUGUUCCCCUCCGCCGUGUCAACGCCCGCUACGUGAUCGCCACCUCCAAGCGCAUUGACAUUGCCGGUGUUGACUCCAAGACCCUCGAGAAGGUUUCUACUCCUGACUACUUCACCAAGGAGAAGAAGGCCGAGAAGAAGACCGAGGAGGCUUUCUUCAAGCAGGGCGAGAAGCCCGAGAAGAAGAAGGUUGCCUCCGCUCGUGCCGCUGACCAGAAGGCCGUCGACCAGUCCAUCCUCAGCAGCAUCAAGAAAGAGGACUUCCUCGGCAGCUACCUCGCCACCACCUUCAGCCUCCGAAACGGUGACAAGCCCCACGAGAUGAAGUGGUAA